AUGGAUUCAGAUCUCAUAAAACUGGUUAACAGACUUCAGGAUACCUUCCACAAUCUAGGUGGCGAACUUGACAUGCCGCAGCUGGUCGUCGUUGGAAGCCAGUCAGCGGGAAAGUCGAGUGUCUUGGAGACGAUUGUUGGACAAGAUUUCCUUCCUCGAGGGCAAGGCAUCGUUACUAGAAGACCUCUCAUUUUGCAACUCGUUCAUACACCCAUACCAUCCGAGCCUUCGCCAAACGCGCCGCCAUUUACAGAAUGGGGACAAUUUUUACAUCUUGAUAAACGGUUUACGGAUUACGCGGAGAUUAGGAAGGAAAUUGAACAGGAGACCUUCAGAGUGGCUGGGCAGAACAAGGGUAUCAGCAAGUUGCCGAUAUCGUUGAGGAUAUACAGUCCUAAUGUUUUGGAUCUGACUUUGGUGGAUUUACCUGGUUUAACAAAGAUCCCGGUCGGUGAUCAACCCAGCGACAUAGAACGACAGAUACGAAACCUAGUCGUGGACUACAUCUCUAAACCUAAUAGUGUCAUCCUUGCUGUCUCGCCUGCUAAUGUCGACCUCGCCAACUCAGAAUCCCUGAAACUCGCUCGUUCAGUCGACCCGCAGGGAAGGCGUACCAUCGGGGUCCUCACAAAACUGGAUCUCAUGGAUGCUGGUACCAAUGCUCUUGACAUCCUCACUGGACGUGUUUACCCGCUGAAGUUGGGUUUCAUCGGUGUUGUCAACCGAAGUCAACAAGAUAUCAAUUCGGAGAAGAGCAUGGAGGAUGCAUUGGAUUCGGAGACAGAGUUUUUCAGAAACCAUCCGGCCUAUAGAAAUAUCGCACACAAAAAUGGAACAAAGUAUCUGGCGAAGACGCUGAACCAGGUGUUAAUGAACCACAUUCGAGACAAACUUCCCGAUAUGAAAGCACGAUUGAACACCUUAAUGGGGCAAGCUCAGCAAGAACUCAACUCAUUUGGAGACGCUGCCAUCUUCGGUGAUAAAAAUCAACAAGGCGCACUCAUUCUCCGUCUUAUGACCCAGUUUGCUCGAGACUUUGUCGCUUCCAUCGAAGGUACCAACGUCGAUAUCUCCACAAAGGAACUGUCUGGGGGUGCCAGGAUCUACUACAUCUUUAACGAUGUCUUUGGGAAUGCAUUGUUAUCGAUUGACGCGACAUCCAAUCUCGAUAACCAGGAUAUACGUACUGCCAUCCGCAACUCGACGGGCCCGAGACCGAGCUUGUUCGUGCCAGAGGCUGCUUUCGAUCUUCUGGUGAAGCCGCAAAUUAAGCUUUUGGAAGCACCGAGCUUGCGAUGCGUCGAACUUGUGUAUGAGGAACUGGUCAAGAUUUGCCAUAAUUGUACUAGUGCUGAACUCCAACGCUUCCCCCGUUUGCACGCCCAGUUAAUCGAGGUCGUAUCUGAACUUCUACGAGAACGACUUGGGCCGACAUCCGAAUAUGCACAAAGCCUUAUCGAAAUACAGGCCGCGUAUAUCAACACCAACCACCCCUCUUUUGUUUCUGGAUCCGCUUUGGCUGCUGGUCAAGCCAACUCACCACCGAAACCCCUUCCUCCACCACGGCCCGCAUCGGUCGAAGGUAAAGUUAUCAACGGCAUCAACGGCAAGACAGCAACAGGAGUUGAUAGCGAAGACGUAGACGAUUUAUCCGAUGGUCACACCAGUGAUGCCAACGACAUCUUCCCAUCUCGAGAUGGCCCACGCUCGGUCUCUUCCACGGUUCAUGACCGCUCAAGAACAGGUCGUGCUUCGACAGGGAGUACGCUUACUCCGAGUGGAACUGUUUCCAGUAGUGGUAGCAAACGUUCCUCAUCACGCCAUCGUCAACAACCCCAAAGGCCACAUUCAGCUCUCGGUGCUGCACCUGGAUCGUCACCACCUUCUGCUAGGGAAACCUUUUUGAAUUAUUUCUUUGGGCAGAAUCCGCCUGGCGCGGCGGGAAAUGGGGAGAAGAACCAUGGUCUUCAUCAUCACCAUAGUGCUAGUGUUGGUUCUGGUGGAGGGAUUGUACGUACGGGGCGAGACCUUACGGGAGCUGAUUUGUCUAUGUCGAGUGGGUUGAUGUCUGGAAAAAGGAGUUUGGAUCAGAGUAAUGCGGCGUAUGAUAUGAAGAGUCUUGGGAAGCAUAUCGAAGCUAUCCAAACGACGGACGGGACAUCCCGCCAAACGAUCCGGGAAGAAAUGGAAACGAACUUGAUCAGGUCACUUAUCACUUCGUAUUUUGGUAUCGUCCGACAGACGAUUCAGGAUCUGAUACCGAAAGCUAUCAUGCAUUUCCUCGUUAACCAUACGAGUGAGCAUGUACAGAAUCGGUUGGUGGCAUCGUUGUAUAAGCCUGAGCUGUUUGCGGAUAUGUUGAAUGAGGAUGAGGCGUUGGUUGCUGAGAGGGCUAGGGUGAAAACUUUGUUGGAUGCGUACAAGGAGGCGUUUAAGGUGUUGAGUGAUGUUAGUGUGAAGCCUGGGAGUGUUGCUUAG